AUGGAUUCCUUCGAGUACAACCCCAACCCCGGCCGCGUCGUGUUCGGCAGCGGUACACUGCAGAAACUCCCCGAGGAGAUCGCACGGUUGCAGGUGAAUUCUCCAUUGGUACUGUCGACACCCCAGCAAAUUGGCCAGGCCGAGAACGUCAAGGAUGUGCUCCAGGGUCAAGUGGCUGGUAUCUUCAGCGAGGCUACUAUGCACACUCCCACACAUAUUACCGACAAGGCUCUCGAGUAUGCGAAGGCGCAGGGUGCUGAUUCGGUGAUUUCUAUUGGUGGUGGAAGUACCAUUGGUCUGGGGAAAGCGAUUAGUAUUCGCACUGGGUUGCCUCAUAUCUGCAUUCCGACAACCUAUGCCGGUAGUGAGAUGACUCCUAUCUUAGGCGAGACGGCCAAUGGGUUGAAGCAGACGCGUUCCGAUCCCAAGAUCUUGCCUGGUACCGUCAUCUACGAUGUAGACUUGACUAUGACCCUGCCAGCGGCUAUGAGUGCCACCAGUGGAGUCAAUGCAAUUGCUCACGCUGUCGAAGCGCUCUACGCCCGCAACACCAACCCGAUCAUCACCAUGAUGGCUAUUGAAGGCACCCGGGCCCUUGCAUCCGCCCUUCCCGAGAUUGUCGAGAACCCCUCUUCUCAAUCUGCCCGUUCUAAAGCUCUAUACGGUGCCUGGCUCUGUGGUACCUGCCUCGGUAGUGUGGGCAUGUCCAUUCAUCACAAGCUGUGCCACACUCUCGGUGGUAGCUUCAACCUCCCUCAUGCAGAGACCCAUACCGCUGUCCUGCCUCACGCCAUCUCUUACAAUGCGCCCAACAUCCCCGAGGCCAUGAAGAAGCUCGCGGAUGCCCUACCAGACAGCAAUGGUGACGCUAUCCAUGGUCUGAAUGUCUUGCUGACCAAGCUGAAGGUCAAGCGUGGCCUAAAGGACUUCGGCAUGAAGGAGGAGGAUAUUGACAAGGCGGCUGAUAUUGCUGUUUCUAACCCUUACUGGAACCCACGGGCGAUUGAGCGGGAACCGAUUCGUGAGUUGAUUCGCAGGGUCUGGGUGGGUGAGCCGGCAAAUGCCAACCUGUAG